CCCUCCUCCGCCUACUCCCUCACCCUCUCCACCCGAAUCUCCAAAUCCUCCGCACCCCUCCGCGGCCGUCUCGCACUCCCCACCGACCCCCGUCGAUCCGCCGAGGUCAUCCUGGUCUUUGCGGACCCCUCUUCCUCCUCUGCUCAACUCGCCAAGUCCGCCGGAGCGGCGUAUGUCGGCGGCGAAGAGCUGUUCGCGCGGAUCCUCAAUGGCGAGAUCGUACCCACCAAGUGUCUGGCGACGCCAGGAAUGAUGCCUGCUGUGGCGAGCAAGCUGGCGAGGUUUCUGGGGCCAAAGGGGCUGAUGCCGGUUGCGAAGCGGGGUGGGGUAGGUGAGGGGGAAGAGCUGGCCAAGCGGGUGAAGGAGGCGGCCGGGGGGAUGGAGUGGAAGGGGGACAAGUUGGGGGUGGUGCGUGCGCCUGUAGCAAGAAUGUCGUUCCCGCUUGAAGCAGUCAAUGAGAAUGUUCGAGCUUUCGUAGCUGCAGUCAAGGAGGGAUCGGCAAAUGCCGCCGCCAGCGCAGCAGAUUCAACAUCGCGCAAGCGGCCACGUUUGUCCACCCUUCUUCGUCGCAGGAGUUGA